UUUGAAUUUACAGUACACAAUAUUUAUACUUUUGGGUGUAUUAGGUAUAGAAAUAUGUGAGUAUGGAUGUACGCUUAUGGUGCCCAGCAGAAUUACCUACUUGACUUAAGAUGCAAGCACAGCUGCGAAAAAUUAUUUAGAAAAAUAUACACAAAAAUAUGUAUAAAUAAGAAAUGAUAUUUGCACACACACAUUUAUGUACUGAACGAGCUGAUUAAUUAGCGAGCUACUGAUUUUAGUCAGUCAUUAAAUGACCGCUUCAGGAUGCACGUUAACUUUUUGCUUUUGUUUAUAACGGUUCUGUUUGUAACUGGUAUAAGUGCAUUUAAGGAUGCAUUAAUCGUAAAUUUACCGAACGGUAGAAUACGUGGCCGCGAUAACAAUCACUACUACAGUUAUGAAUCCAUUCCUUAUGCAGAACCACCACUUGGUCCACUACGAUUUGAAUCACCCCGUCCGUACGCUAGAAAUUGGACUGACACAUUUGACGCGACCCGUGAACCAGUCGAAUGCAUGCAAUGGGAUCAAUAUAAAUCUGGCGCCGAUAAACUGCACGGUGUCGAAGAUUGUCUCACGGUAAACGUCUAUAAGCCAAAGUUGCCAGCCGUUGCGGUUGCAGGGAAUGGUAUGCCGGUGGUGGUGCUUAUACAUGGUGGCGCCUUUAUGUUCGGUUCAGUACGGGCUAAUGGUCAUGAGAAUUUUAUGCGUAACGGUCGUGUAAUUGUUGUGAAAAUGGGUUAUCGUCUGGGUCCUUUGGGCUUUCUUAGUACUGAAGAUGCGGUUAUAUCGGGUAAUUUCGGAAUGAAGGAUCAACGUUUAGCGUUGCAAUGGAUCAAGGCGAAUAUUGCACGUUUUGGUGGUGAUCCAGAACAUAUUAUGGUAUUGGGUUUCUCCUCAGGUGCCGUUGCCGUACAUUUACAUAUGUUGGCACAACGAAAUUUUACAGAAUAUGCUAAAGUAGCCGUAUCCUUUAGUGGUGUCGCCUUUAAUCCAUGGGCGAUUACGCAUAAGACACGGGAGCGCGCCUUUGAAUUGGCAAAACACCUGAACUGUCCAGAUGUCAGUAGCUCACAAUUGAUUAAAGAAUGUCUGCAGCGCAAACCGGCAGCGGCUAUUGUACGUGGUGUGCGAAAUUUUCUUGUCUUCGGCUAUAAUCCAUUCACAACUUUUGGGCCUAGCAUUGAAGAUGCCGCUGUUGAGGAUGCAUUUUUGACGCGUUCACCUCAGCAGAUAGUAGAAUCAGGUGAUUUCGCCAAAAUACCUUGGUUAGUGUCUUACGCAGCACAGGAUGGCGCUUACAAUGCUGCGGAACUGCUACAACGUAUGCCACGUAGAGAGGAGUUGAUUGAAGUAUUUAACGAUCGAUGGUAUGAUUUGGCGCCAUACAAUUUAUUCUACAAGGACACUAUGCAUACUGUAGAACAGAUGGAUGAUUACUCGGUAGCAUUGAAACGUCGCUACUUGGGAGAAAAGGAAUUCUCGAUUGACACCUAUCCGAAUAUGCUACGCAUGUAUACGGACGUACUGUUCCGAAAUGGUGUGGAGCAAGCGAUACGCUUGCAGCGACAACACGCAACUAGUCCAAUUUAUGCAUAUGUUUAUGAUAAUCCCGCGGAAGAGGGUAUAGGUGAAGCGUUAUCACACCGCAAAGACGUAAAAAUGGGUACUGUGCAUGGAGAUGACUUCUUUUUAAUUUUCAAUCGCGUUGGGAGAACUAAAAUACGCGCCGAUGAACAAAUAAUAUCGCAGAAAUUCCUUACAAUGUUGCAAAAUUUCGCAGCGAAAAGUGAUGAAUUAAGCUUUGGUGAUUGCAAAUUUGUCGACAACGUUGGAAAAGAGGAGUAUCAGCUAAUGUUUAUUACAAAUGAUACAUGUAUUAAUAAGUCAAUUUUAACUCUGCCAUCGUUUUAAAAAUAUAAAUAAAUUCUAAGUUUUAACACAAAA